UAGGCAGAGGACAAAGCUCUGUUUAUAGGCAAGGCCUUGGAAGCAUUUCUCUGGUCUCCAGGGAAGAGCAGGAGUUCCCUGGGGGAUGGUUCCAGGUUCCUCUAUGGCUGGGAUGGCUGCGUAGGAUCAUGGCUACCAGGGUUCAGUGGCUUCUCCUGAACCCAGCUACCCCUCAUUGUCUUCUUCUCAAGCAGUGCAGGAUGGACAGAUUGAAGGAUGCAGAAUAUGCUGGCUCUCUAUCUUGGGGCAGGAAUGGAAAUCUAGCUCUUGAUGGCACCUCAUUGCCAGUGUCUAUGUAGCCAUGUUCUGGCCUACAAGGUGAAGGAGACCUUAGAGGAAACCGAGGCCAAGGGCAGGUGCUGGCCCCACUUCUGCACCUUUGUACCCAGCCCUGACCCGGCACCCUUUGUUUCUAUUCUUCAGUUAACUUCCAGGAUGCAAGGUGGCCCUGCUCCCUUGGGGUUUAGAGCUGGAAAGUGGGAGAGCAGAGAGUUCACUGGGGAUAAUCCUCUUCAUGGCUGCAGGAAAGAGAAACUAGUCCAGAAGGGACCUUGAGGGGUCAUCUGGCACUAGUGCCUCUCCAGGAAGGAAGGCCCUGGUGGCCACACUGACUUCACACUCACUAUGUGCAGGCAGUGCUCCAGGUACUUUCCAAGUAUUAACUAAUUUAAUCCUCUUGACAGCCAUACAGGGCAAAUAACAUUGUUAUUCUUACUUUACAGCUGAGGAAAGGGAGGCACAGAGAGGUUAGGGAACUUGCCCAAGGGUACUCAGCUAGGAAGGGGCAAAGCUAGGAUUCACACUCAGAUCAUCUGGCUCCCAAACCGCCAUUCUUACCCCACCUUCCUUGUGCUCUGCAGAGCUGGGACCGUCUGAAGAGGGCCUUUUGCUGCUCGACCUCACUCUCAGUCUUGGGCCUUCCCCAUUGUCUUGCUUCUCGCCUUCUGGAUCCCUCGACUUUUGGAAGCUGCUUGACCUACAUCAUUCAGAUUCCAAGAGAGAGGUCAUCUUGGGUGACUCCUUAGCUCCAAGAAGAGGCUUGGUGGUUGAUUCUCAAAGAUUCAUGGUACCAGGUUGGCCUGCCACUCCUCCUGCUAUGAUGCCUGGGCAGAUCCCAGACCCUUCAGUGACUGCAGGCUCCCUGCCAGGGCUUGGCCCCCUGACUGGACUCCCCAGCUCAGCACUGACCACGGAGGAGCUGAAAUACGCUGACAUCCGCAACCUCGGGGCCAUGAUUGCACCCUUGCACUUCCUGGAGGUGAAACUGGGCAAGAGGCCCCAACCCGUGAAAAGUGAGCUAGAUGAGGAAGAGGAGCGAAGGAAAAGGCGCCGGGAGAAGAACAAAGUCGCAGCAGCACGAUGCCGGAACAAGAAGAAGGAGCGCACAGAGUUUCUGCAGCGGGAAUCGGAGCGGCUGGAACUCAUGAACGCGGAGCUGAAGACUCAGAUUGAGGAGCUGAAGCAGGAGCGGCAGCAGCUCAUCCUGAUGCUGAACCGGCACCGCCCCACCUGCAUUGUCCGGACCGACAGCGUCAAGACUCCCGAGUCAGAAGGCAACCCGCUGCUCGAGCAGCUCGAGAAGAAGUGACCAUGGGCUGGGAGGAGGUGGAGGAGGAGGAAGAGGAGGAGGAGGAACAGUGACAAAGAGCAAGGAGGAGGGGGCACCCAGAGAGCCCUUCCUUUGGUGCAUGAAAAACUGUGCAAUGAGGUUCGGCACAGCCAGCAUCAGCCGAGCUUUUUUGUGAAACUCAGAUCAGCCACCCAGGGGGAAAAGUGGGUUGAGGAAACCCAGAGGGACCAAGCGCUGAGACCAAAGUUGACCCUGGGGUAGGGUUGUCCUGCCUGGGGCCCCGCUUGAAGGUGGCAGGACAGAGGCGCCGAGGCCAGGGAGACACCCAACGAGGCAACCCUGGGCCCUUCUUUGGCCUCUUCACCAGGGCACCCACCCGAGGAACCUCCCAACAGCCAGGAAAAGCCAUGAGUUGCAACCAAAAUGCGGCUGAGGAUGGAACUCAGAAUGAAACUGCGACCCACCUGCCCCCAGCCCUGCCCCUCGCCCUGAUGCGAAGCUGGAGAGGGGCAUGCUGUGGGGCCCUGAUGCCCCCACCCACCUCGGUCCAGCGCGGCCCUGCCCAGGAGGCGGCAGCCGGGCGCACCCUCGCCAGCCCUGCUGGAGUCUGCUGUGGGCACUGAGGCGCGGGCGCCCUUCCAAAGCACAUACUCACCGAAUGUUUACAGACUGGCUGUCCUGGCGGGGCUUUCAACUGCACAUGUUUUUUAUACUUUCCCUUUUUUUUUUUUUAAUAUUUUUUACAAGAAAAGAUUUUAUACAAGCAAUAUAUAUAUGGAUUUCUAUAAUCACUCGAUGUGAUACAGUAUAAAUAUGCUAUGGUUUGUUUGUUACAAACAGAUAGCCACCAGUUACGGCCGUUGUGUGUAACUCCUAAGUACUGUAGUCUCUGGGUGUCGGGGGUGGCUGGGGCGGGGGCGGGGUGCAUUUCCAUCCUUGUAAACCCUUCAUAGUACUCAGUCCUGUAUCGCUCAGUAAACAUUGCUCUUACAUACA